UGGGGGGGAUAGAGGAAGGAGAGGCAGGCAGGUUGUGACCGAGUAAUAAAUAAUGCUGAAUAAUAGUAAAAGUAAGUCGCACGAAUGAAUGAGAUAAUGAGAAAAUAGCAAGGGACAUCCUUCUCAACGGAAGGACAUGUAUAAAAUAUAUUACAUUCAGAAACAAAAGAUGAAUCGACUAUACUUUGAGUUUUAACUUGAAAAAUUGACGUGAAAAGUAGAAGAAAAUAAAAGUUAUUUCUGAGGCGGAAUAUAGAAAGAGAGUUCACUGCUUGGAACUAGAUGUUGGAUAGAAAAUAAUCUGCGGUUUUGAAAGUGAUAAAAUAUUUUGAAAAUGAUGGAUUAUUUCUUGAAGGACAUUUCUUGGAAAUAUCUUCGCAUGUAUCCACUGAAAGACAUCAUAUGGAAGGAUAUUAAUGACAUUCUGAUCAACCUUGAACAUGAUGAGUCUAUGAGCUUCCAAGAGAAUUUCCUGAGCAACACUGUACAGCAUCCAAUUGCAAAAAGAUUUCCACCUACAAUGAGUUAUGCUCGGAUGUUUCUCAAAAGUUUUAUUGAGCAGAUUGAAGGAAGUAAUCAAGAAGUAUGUGAAGAGGUGUAUUUAGUCUACACAGAUUUCAUUACCCAGUCUGUAUCACUAUCAACAGAUCUUUGUUAUAGAACUUACAGACUGCAGCCUGACUGUGUUCUGACAAUUAAAGAAACACGUAAAUUGAUUUCAGAUGGAACGACUGGUUUGUUUACUUGGGAGGCUGGCCACGUGUUAGCAGAAUGGUGCUCAGAGAACAAACCUCUGUUUCGGAAUAAAAAAGUCCUGGAGCUGGGUUCGGGUUUAGGCCUGAUGGGUUUAGCUGUUAUAAAGAUUUGUGAACCAGCCUCAUAUAUUUUCACAGACCUGCCAACAACUGUCCUGACAACCUUGGCAGAAAAUGUAAAAAUUAACCUUGAAAGUGAUACAACCUAUGAAAUUUCUUCCAUCUGUGAUUGGACAAAUGGCAUGGAAACUUCAUACAAUCACACAAAAGUGAAUGUUAGAAGACUAGACUGGGAGCAAGACUCAUGUGAUAUUACAACUGAUAUAAUUCUGGCUGCAGAUGUAGUUUAUGACCCUGCCAUUGUAAACUGCCUUGUUGACACCUUGAAGACUGCAAUGAAUAACAACCCAGGUGCUGUAGCAGUUGUAGCGUGCACAUUACGGAAUUCUGACACAUUAGCAUUCUUUAAGGAUGCGUUAGCCAAAGGGAAGGUGAAGAUAUCUUGGGAAACACAGCGGCAACACCAAGAGUCUCCAUCACGGCCACAGUCCAUAGUUAGUCUCCUACAGUUGUCCUUAUAAAUAAUGUAAAUUACAUGGACAAAGUUUGUCCAGGUUAUUAUGUGUAUACACAGGGAAAGGAAAAUAAAAAUUUUCAUUUGUA